GGUGCAGUUGCCAUCGUCGCUGUGUUGGCGCAGUGAGAGCUCCUCUCCGAUCAGAGAGAGAGAGAGAGAGAGAGAGAGAGAGAGACAAAGAGGAACAGAGAGAGAGUCUGAAACUGUGCUGAGUGUAAAUGGGGCGAACAGACUGACUGAGCGCUGUGAACUCUCUGAAUAUCUGAGAGAGAGACAGACAGACAGACAGACAGACAGACAGAGAGCGGCUCCGUUUAGACUCGGGCUGUAAACACAGUAAACCCCGCAGCCCCGUCCUCCUCCUAUUUAUUUAUCUGCUUAUUUAUUUCUCUCUCUCUCUCUGUCCGUCACUGCUGCUCCGGCCGGAGGAGGAGGAGGUCAUGGAGCAGGCGGCCAGCCGAUACCAAGUGUUGCACAAUGAGGAUGACUCCUCUGAACCAACCCCUGCCAGUGAGCCGUCCACCUCAUCCCAAGCUGCUGCCUCAGAGGGCGCGACGAGCAGCCCUGUCUCCAUGCCAACAGAUGCAGAGGCUCCGCCCCCUCCCUAUGCCAGCGUGGCACUAGGAGCCACCGCAGCACCAGAGCGCACCUUUCCGGGGGACUUCCCCGUCCCGCCCCCCUACAGCGUGGCCACAUCGCUACCAACCUAUGACGAAGUGGAGAAAGCUAAAGCUGCAGAGCUGGCAGCCUCUGCUGUGGAUGUUAUACCGCGGGAGGAGGAUUUUCCUCCGCGGGACGAUUUCAGUGACGCUGAUCAGCUGCGGGUGGGAAACGACGGGAUCUUCAUGCUGGCCUUCUUCAUGGCCUUCCUGUUCAACUGGAUCGGCUUCUGUCUGUCGUUCUGCCUGACCAACACCAUCGCCGGACGAUACGGGGCCAUCUGCGGCUUCGGGCUCUCCCUCAUCAAGUGGAUCCUCAUCGUGAGGUUUUCAGAGUAUUUCACUGGAUACUUCAAUGGACAGUACUGGCUCUGGUGGAUAUUCCUUGUUCUUGGUCUGCUCCUGUUCUUCAGAGGCUUCGUCAACUACCUGAAAGUGCGGAACUUGUCCGAGAGCAUGGCAGCUACUCAGAGAACGCGCUUCUUCUUCCUCUAUUAGAGGGUCGCUUCCCCAAACAUUCCUCCCUCAUGUGAAAUUCCCUGAUGAUUUGCAACCCGUCAAAUGAACUGGACCGGAUCCCGCCGGGGGGAGAAGAAGAGGACAAAAAGAAGAGAGAGUAUCAGCUCUGCCAAAAAAAAAAAUAAUAAUAAUAAUCCCUCGUUAAAGUGUCAGAGGAACUGGUGCAUCAAGUCGGUACAUGAGUGUAGCUUCACCAAGUUAGUGUUUGUCUGCCUUUGACAGCAUCCUUGUAUAAAAAUUUGAGCUAGGUUGGAAAGUUAGCUGUAAAAAAGGACCUGUUUUAACGUCCCAUUAACUGCACGCAGAAGAACUCAAGCUGUGGGUCUUAAAACAUAGUAGAGAAAAAAGAAAUGAUAUGCAGCCGAGACGUCCUAUGCAAUAGUGCUCUUUCAGAUCAGACAUUAGCAGCUCUUUACGGAAGACGUGUGUUUGAAUUCAGGACCUUGGCGACUUUGCAGUAUUAAGAUGCACUGAUGUUCAAACGUUUGGAGUCACUGUUCAGAUCAGUGUUUAUAUACAAUAAUCAUAAACCAGUAAACGAAAGGUACUUUUAGACGUCGCCGUUAUUUCUGCAAAAACCUGACGUUAUUGAACGAUAAAUGAGUUACUGUUAUAUUCUGUAUAUGAUCUGCUUAUAGGUAUUUGUUAUUAUCUUUCUGGGGGUUUGAUCAGUUUAUUAGAACUUCAUUUUGGAUGUUGAUUUUUAUUAAAACUUCAUUCCAAUUUGAGUUAUAUAAGUGUUUCAUUCUGAUAUUUUUUUUUCUCAGAAUUUUAUUCUGAUAGAAAUUUUUAUCAGAAUUUCGUCCAGAUAUUAACCUUAUCAGAAUUUCAUUCAGAUUUCAAAUUUGUUAGAAUUUUGUCCUGAUAUUAAUUUUAUCAGAAUUUUAUUAUGUUAAUUUUGUUAGAAUUGUUAGAACCUCAUUCUAAUAUUAAUUUUACUAGGACUUUAUUCUAGAUAUUAAUUUUACAAAACUUGACUGUCAUUUUAUUAGUGUGUUGCCCUGGAUUUAACAUUUUUAGGAGUUCAUUCUGGAUAUAAAUUUUUUGUUAGAAAUCCACUCUUUUCAUUUUUUAAACAUUUUUCUACUGAUUACUUGUAAUAACAUAUACUAAUAUAUCAACAUCAUUUUAUACAUUUAUCCGUCAACAUAGUGGUUUUAUAUUACUGAAACCAUUGAUUCCAAACGUUUGAACGGUCAGCGUACCACGUUAAGAUUUCCACUCAUGAUGUGAUCGUGCAGAUGAACUUUUGCCAAUGUUAGAUCCUUUAUUUGUACAUUUGCUGAGAAUUUUCUGGUGUUUUCUUCUUAAGCCGUUACUAGUUGAACCUCGUCCGUUAGCGAUUAGGUGGCUUCUUCAUGACGUCAGACUGGAAGUGCAAUUUGCGAUUUAUUCCGAUUCAUUUUGAUCUCCUUUGCACCUUUUGUUUUUACUCUGUCUGUUGUUCGUUUUACCUUUUUAUAGAUAUAAUCGUCAUCGGUUCCUCAUGAAAUUGUGUGAAUUUGCUCAAGCUGUGAACUGGGAUUAGCUCGGCUCGGAGAUCUUAACUGCCUGAACGCCGCCCGCUUCGUUCGCUCGAUCACUCGAUUGCAAUCUUCAGCAAUAUCAGUGUUUAAUAACGUAAUUAAGUGCAUGGUUAACUUUGACUGAAGCCAAUUUAAAGAAUAUUAAUUACAUCGGUUAAAUGAAUCCUGAGAAGAUGCAGUUAUUAAUUAUUCAACGUGUGUAAAACGAUGAACCUAUUUUUUGUGGGAGAUGGUGAUUUUUAGGUAUGCUCUGGUUUUCUCAGAGAGGAAUGUUGUGCUAUGUGUUUAAUUCUCUUGUCUUGCAAAAUGCCAAUAAAGUUCCAAACAAAC